AUGAAAGUAACAUUUAGCUUAUUUUUUAUCCUUGUAGUUGCAACCAAGUUGAACCUUAAUGUGUAUUGUUCUAAAGAUUAUAUUAAUGAAUCUAACGAAAUUAAAUAUAACCCUUUUACCUUUGAUUUAAGCAGUUAUGAUUUAGAUAGCCAAAAUAAUUUUUUAAUAAAUUUAAAACACGAUGAACCUAAACAAAAUUUGAGAAAAAAGAGAAAUGAAAAUUCGUUAGAAUAUUCAGAAGAAAAUAAUUAUAAUACUGAAGAAUACAUGACCAAACAUAAUGAUGUUAAUGAUAACAUUUCACAUGAACAGUCAGAAUAUGAAACCACAGACGAAAAAUAUCCACAACAAUAUUCCUCUGAUUAUGAAACAUAUGUCACUCCAAAUUUAAAUGAAAAUGAAUCUUCUUCGGAUACAAAAUUAGAAAACGAAGUCUUUGAAACCUCUCCGAUUCCAUACGACAACAAUGCAAAUGCCGAAAAAGGUUAUGAUAAUUUAGAUGCAGAAUCAAAUAAUGAAUAUACCUCCGAAUCUAAUUACAAUACAGAACACAUAGAUGUAAACGAUACUGAAAGUAAAGGAAUAAAUGAAGUUUAUGAAAAUAAACCCGAUCUUGAUGAGAACAUAGCAAAGGAUCUUGAUGAGAACAUAGCAAAGGAUCUUGAUGAGAACAUAGCAAAGGAUCUUGAUGAGAACGUAGCAAAGGAUCUUGAUGAGAACAUAGCAAAGGAUCUUGAUGAGAACGUAGCAAAGGAUCUUGAUGAGAACAUAGCAAAGGAUCUUGAUGAGAACGUAGCAAAGGAUCUUGAUGAGAACGUAACAAACGAUCUUGAUGAAAACAAAGAAGUAAACGAGGUUGAAGAAAAUAAAGAAGUAAACGAGUCAAUAAAAAAAAAUGUAGAUAUACGCAAUAUUUUUGUAAAGGGAAUCGAUUUAUGUAAAGAUAUUUUUGAUUUUAGAAACAAUAAAUCUACAUUUAAAUAUGAAAAUAAUGGAGAUAAGAAAGGUAUUUCAGAAGAAUCAGAAAAUAGUGAGAACAAUCAAAUUACCAUUGAUACCACAAAUAAUACUGAUUCCAAAUCCGUUAUUUCAAAAGUUUAUGUAAUAGACAAUACAAUUGAACAAUAUAUGAAAGAUAUAUAUUCUAUAUUAAUAAAUAUACAAAAUACUAUUGAAAAAAGUAAAACAAUUGUAGAAUAA